AAUUGUACCAUGUUUCGUCUGCCUCAGACCGCCCAGCGCACGAGCUCUGUCUUCAGGCGUUCCUUUUCUACUGAUCAUGCUCGACUGACCUUCACGGGAGGGCCAACGCGACCAGUCUUGCUCCCACUUGUAGGUUCCGCCACUCGCGUGCCUCAUGGACGACUCCUCGUGCGCGGCGCGGCGAGCUCUGUGUCAAACAAGCCUGGCUCGCAAACAUUCAAGCAGGCUGCCCAAAACAUCCGCGAAGAAAUGGGCAAUUCUACGACUGAUCUCGCCAAGGCGAUUGCGGGCGCGAACUGGUUUCAGGACGCAGUUGCACCAGAAGCAAAGAGAGACACAUUUCUUGGUAUCACGAAUGCUGUCGCGCACGCCGUCCCUCCCCAGUACAUUGCUUUCGGUCUCGCGGGCGGCCUCCCAUACAUCGGGACGGCAGCAGCGACCAUAUACAUGGCCCAACAAGCCGGUACGGCGACUAUGGAUCUCGCCUCCCGAAUUGACCCCGGCGUCGCGAUCACGAUGCUCGAUCACGCGCUGAACAUCCAGAUGACUUACGGCGCGGUCAUACUCUCGUUCCUCGGCGCGCUUCACUGGGGCUUCGAGUUCGCGGGCUACGGUGGAUACAAAGGGUAUUCCCGCCUCUUCCUGGGGGCCGCGCCCGUCGUGUUCGGCUGGUCCACGCUCGCACUGCCGCCCGUGGAGGCGCUGAUUGCGCAGUGGCUCGGCUUCACUUGCAUGUGGUGGGCAGAUCUACGCGCCACCAACGCCGGCUGGGCGCCGCGCUGGUACUCGCAGUACCGCUUCUACCUGUCGAUCCUUGCGGGCACCUGCAUUAUCGGCUCGCUCGCCGCGACGAGUUAUUACGGGCCUGUGGGCGGACACGGUCUGAUCAGCCACGACCUUCUUAUGAUCCGCGCAGAACGCAAGAAGAAGCAGCCCGAAAGAGAGGGUCUUGUAGCCGGGGAUAUCGAAGCGCUCGCGGCGCCCGACCAUGCGGACUCGUAUGUCGUCGUGAGGAAGCGACGUGCCCCGGACACAGGCAAUAACGAGCAGGCAGCCACAGAUUGAAGCUCCGCCAUAAUGUACCAUCCCUGUUCCAGGAGACCUGUGUCGAUGCCUGAGUAGCGAACGUAGCUGUAUCACCAUUAUCAAUGUGCUGGUAGUUUUUCUG